GUCCCCGUUCGUCAUGAUUGAGAUUUUGAAACUUUGUUCGAGGCCCGCCCAAGAGAAGAGGAAGCGAACAGACCAAGAGUUUUUUUACCUUAUACCCUUAAUCGAGCAUGUGCAUGCUUUUCGACCAUGACCUUUCAGAUUUGUUGCAAAGUUCUCUUUCAAGCAUGUUUGUUUCUCGUUUGUGUGGUAUUCGUCAUGACCUUGAGGGCCCCUCUUAUUCUUUCUUGUUGUCAAAAUCUUUGCAUGCAUAUGUCGGCAUUUUUUUCUUCUCCUACACUUUCCAUAUGUCACUCUUUUUUUAUUGUCUGUGAUGACCCUUGGGUGUUUGUUGGGUGGGAUGAAGACUUUUAUUGGACAGCUAAACGCCCCUUCCCCAACCUGUAUAUUUAUUUAUCUUUAUCUCGAAGAGAAUCUCGAGGAUCGAUACCCGGAAUUGUACACCCGUGGUUUUGUCUUGCUUUUUACGGAGUGCUUCCUGCAGUGAUCGGAAGGUGUGACUGGAGUGAGAUGAUAUGACUUAGACAAUUGCUACUACAGUACUAUUAUACGACCACCUUG